AUUUUGCGUAGAUUUAUUUAAUGGGUUUAAGUCUUAAAUAUCUGAUUUUAAAUUUAUUUGAACAUAAUCAUUGAUUUAGAACAAAUAUGUUAAAAAGUAAUAGUUUAUAACACCACCGACUUUCAUAAAUUACUAACUCAGACUUAUGAACAAAAUGGCCGCAGAAUACAAAAAAGGAUCACCGCCUAUUGGAGGAAUCGAUUACGAAAUAAAACUUCAAACGUUAUUUGCAUUGGCAGGAUUUCAACAUUUCCAACUCAAACAAUGGAAGUUAUCGAACGAAAAUGAAGCUGCAGGAAAAUUUGACGAUCUUGUCUUCGAAAUAGAGUCAGAAAAUAUACUUUUACAAUCAAAGCAUAAGGCCAAAGAUAAAUUACAGGAGAAUCAAUUUCUUUCCAGCAAUCCAAAAAAUGAUGACUUUAGCUUACCAAAAUACAUAUUGUCCUUUAAAACGUUAAAAGGUUUUAACAUUAAGUAUAUGAUUAUUUGCACUAAUAGUGAUAUGAAAAUUCCUCUUCUUAAACAAAAGACACUUGAAGAUUAUGAUCUUAUACAUAAAAUAUUCGAAAAUUGUCAAGUUUAUACAAUUAGUGAUGAUUAUUUUAAAAAAAUCGAAGAGAAGAUUUCAGAAUAUCAGAAUAAUUUAAAAUCAGAUAAUAAGUGGAAAAACUUGCAGGUUGAAAGACGUGAAAUUGAAGAUUUUUUUUCUAAAUGUCUAUGUGUACGAGCCAAAGACGGGCAUAUAGAAAAUGCUAUAAGGAACAAACUAACAAUGAUUCAGAAACGUACCAAAUAUCAAGUGUCUUCGUAUAAAUACGUCCUAGAUCAACUUCAAGAAUGGUACAAAACAAAAUCAAACAAAGCUAGUUAUAUGACAAAUCAAUAUAUAAAAUCUAUUUUGUACGGGGAAGAAAAUAAACGUUACAUUGAAUCCCUAUUGGAUGAAAAAAAUAUAUACAAAGAUCAUUACUAUUUAACAUCAUCCGGUUUAUACAAUAUUAUAUUUGGAAAAAGACCAAUUUUGUACCUGAAAAAAAUAUUGCAAGGAUUAUGGAUGUCCUAUAAAAAGGACGGAAAACCAAAAGAUAUGUUUUUUAACGAAGUUUUAUUAUUGAACACGAACAGUGUUAUGUAUGAAGAAAUUCUAGAUUGUUUUAAUGUAUCAAAAUUAAAAUUUUUAGUAAUAUUAAUAACUAAUGGUUCUCAAAAAUUUUCUCAUACUUUAAAAACAUUUGAAGAGAUUGUAACAAAGAAAAAAAUAGAUAAAAAGAUAAUAAUUUUGUCCAGUCGAGUCUACUUCAACGAUAAAACUACAUUUAAAACAAUUAAUGAUAAAAUUUUGUUUAACAACUUCGAACUUGAAACUCAAAAUCAGUUUUUAGAAAAAGAAAUAUCGUUUCAAGGGGCAUCGUUCUGUUUAAAACAAAUAAAUACGGUAAAUAUAGAUUUUGAUAAGCUUAUCGAUGAAUGCAUAAUUGAAAAAUUUAUAACUUCUGAAAAAUUUUCUAUUGGUUUAAAACUAAAGGAAUUAAGCGAAAUUAAUAAUUACUAUAUUUGCCGUAAGUUACAAAAAGUAAACGAAUCAUUCACUGAAGACGAAAUAUUGGACAAAUGCAGGGAACCAGUUUUGGUCAUCUCUGAUCAACCAGGUACAGGAAAAAGCACUCUAAUUGUGAAGUUGGCAAAUAAUUGGAAAAGACUGUAUCCUGAUCACUGGAUAAUUCUCCUUGAUUUAGGAAUAACCAACAAAUACCUCAAAGAAAAUAAAGAAUACUGUAAUCUUUUAGACCUUCUAUUGCUGCAUGAACGAAGCAAAUCCAAUUUUGAUAAGGAACUAAUACAGUUAUUGAAGAAAAUUAUAAUUCUAGAUGGUGUUGAUGAAAUUAGCUCCUCUGAAAGAACAGAUUUAUUUAAUUUUGUCUCUACUAUAUCAGAAAGAGAAGAUAUUAUAAAGAUAGUUAUUACUACCAGAUCUUACAGCUUCAUUUUGGAAGAAAUAAAAGUUGUUGAUAAUAUUGAUUUUAUUUCAUUGGAAGAAUUUUCCAGCCAAAAUCAGAUUGAAUUUUUUAAGAAAUAUUUUAAAUAUACUUAUAAUAUUGAAGUUCAAAAUGCUAAAGAAUUUGUAGAAACCUGUCCUAUAUUAUUUAAAUCUUUUUUAAAUAUUCCUCUCUACAUAGAAAUGAUUGCAGAUAUCUUUUCUGAUGAAAUUAUUAAAAUUAAUAAACACAUGACUAUGAAAAUAACAAAUACCUACGAGCUAUUUAAAUUAUUCAUGAAUAAGAGAAAAAACAUAUUUAUAACAAAUAAGUGUAGCUGCAAAAAUAACUCUGUCUUGUUUAACAUUUUAAGCGAUUCUUUUGAUAGAUAUCUCGAAGAUAUACAAAUUUUAGCGACAAGAGCCAAUUUUGAAAACACUCCAGAACUAAAUUUUAUUGUUGAUCGUAACAAAAAAAUACGAAACACCGUUUUGCAUGCUGGCGUUCUAGAAGUUACAGAAAAAAAUAAAAGAUUUGUUCAUAAAACAUUUGAAGAAUAUUUUGUUGCUCAACAUAUAUGGAAUAAAAUUACUGAUAGAAACACAAAUAAGAAUAUAUUAAAACAAAUAUAUAGACAAGUUUUUUUAAACAUAGAGAAACAAAAUGUUUGUCAUUUUAUAGAUUGUCUUCUUGAAACAGAACCAAAUACGCUAAAACAUCUAUCAAAAAUAUUUAGUGAUAUAGUGAAUGAAAUCGACUACACUGAAGACAAAGGCAUAUAUAGCUUAGCUUCUCAAGGUUCCGUACACCUAAUGAAGAUGUUAUUUGAUAACUGCUCAAAUUUUUCAUUAAUUAUAAACAGGAAAGGAAGUAACGGAGAAACAGCCCUUCUUUUAUCAGCACAUCACCUACCUACUGUCGACUAUUUAGUGUCAAAAGGAGCAGAUCUUUAUUUAAAAGACAAGAAAGGUUACACGGCUCUACAUUAUGCCGUUACACGAUUUUCUAGCUUUGAAAAUUUCGAGUUACAACUUUCAUCCUUCACUAAAUCUCUCCUUUAUAAAGAUAUGAUGUAUCAUAUUAAUUCAGUUCAAAACAAUCUGUACAACUACAACGAAAGGCGCCAUUUUAAGAAACGUCUAACUGGAUAUCAGAGAAAUUUAAUCCUUCAACAUCAAGCAAACGAUUUUAGUGACAUAGUCAAUUACUUCAAAAAUAAGAAUCUAUUUUUAAAUACCCAAACAACAAUUGGCAGUACUAUUUUACAUUACAUUGCGUAUUGUGGACUUAUAAAAGAAUUUAAUUGUCUCGUAACCUCAGGAGCUUCUAUUGAAAAUAAGGACUUUUAUGGGAAUAAUAUAAUGCACUAUGCUGUCCUAGGCGGAUCUUUAGAAAUAGUAAGAUAUUUGUACAACUUAGGUGUUGUUUUAGAUAAUAAAAAUUUUAAUGGCGUAGCACCAAUUCAUUUUACACCGAUCGGUAAUUCUCUUGAAGUAUUAAAAUUUCUUUUACACAAUGGUGUUGAUAUAGAGACUACAGAUUCAUGUGGACGAACAGCUUUAUUUUAUGUUAAUGCUUCCACUUCAUUAGAUUUGGUCAAAUUCAUCCUCAAUCUUGAUACCAAUAUUGAUAGAAGAAGUACUGAGCUAUACUACACUGCCCUUCAUAUGGCUUCCUAUACUAACGCAAUUGAUAUUGUCAAAUAUUUCAUAACUGAAUGCAAGUUAAUGCCGUCACCAGAUAAAGUUGGACAGUAUCCAGAAUUUUACGCAGCUGAAGGUAAUGCUGUCAAAGUUCUUAAAUACUAUCAGAACGCAAUACAUCCCAUAGAAACAAUUGUUGAUAUUGUAGGGGCCAGUGUACUUCACCUAGCAGCUGUCGGCGAUGCAAUUAAUGCUGUGAUUUACCUCGUAGAACAAGUAGGGAUGAGCCCCAUCAUACAAGAUUCUUCGGAAAGAACACCGUUACACUAUGCAGCAGGAAGCGGAUCUUUAGAAUGUCUUAAAUACUUUGUUAAAAAGGGAUUUAGCACAAAUUUGCUCGAUGAUUUUGGUAGUACCAUAAUUCAUUAUGCAACCAAAAGUAAAUCAUUAAAAUUGUUGAAAUAUAUUAUAGAAGAGACUGACGCUACCAUAGAAGUUACAGACAAUUCUGGAAAACAUGCUAUACACAAAGCAGCUGAAAACGGUUUUCUGGAAGGUGUUAAGUACUUUUUAGAACGAGAUGUACCAGCAAGUAUCACAGAUAAAAUAGGUAACACGAUUCUUCAUUAUUCAGCUUUAGGAAAUUCAUUAGAUACAACUAAAUACAUUUUCAAAAGUUAUCCACAAUUAUAUCAGGCAAAUAAGGUUGGUAAAUACCCUAUCCAUUGUUCAGUAGAAGGUGAUUCACUAGAUAUACUAAAGUAUUUUAAUCAAAAUUUUAAUGAUGUACCCACAAUUUUAAAGAAUGGUGUUACUCUUCUACAUCUAGCUUCUAGAAGUAAUUCAAUAAAAGUUGUAGAAUAUUUAACGACAGAAUGUUGUUUUAAAAUGACUGAAGAUCAAGAUGGUAGAUUUCCCUUUCACUACGCUGCAGAAAAUGAUGCGUUGGACGUUGUUAAGUAUUUCUUAGAAAAAGGCAUAAAUAAGGAUUUUAAGGAUAGGGCUGGACGAACUCUUGUGCAUUGUGCUGCAUUGAGUAAUUCAGUAAAAACUUUAAUGUACUGCGUUAGUAUAUUAAAAAUGGAUCAUAAAACAUGCGAUUAUAAUGGAAAAAUACCUUUACACUAUGCAGCUAUUGCUAACAAUUUAAAAGCAAUUAAAUACAUACUCUCUUUGGGUAAUGUGGAUAUUUCCAUCCCAGAUUACAGAAAAAUAACAGUCUUGCAUUGGUGUGCUUAUGGAAAUUCAGUAGAGGCGUUCAAAUAUUUCUUUAAGGACUGUCAUUCAACUGACAUUCAUUCUAAAGAUGUAAUAGGAAGACAACCAAUUCAUGUAGCUGUUCAGAGUGAUGCUCUGGAAAUAGUUCAAUUUAUUUUCAGUUAUGAAUCUGACUCAAAUAAAAUUGUUGAUAAAAAUGGAAAUACUUUACUUCAUUGGGCCGCAAAGUAUGAUUCAAUUCGAGUUAUUAAAUAUUUCGUAGAAAAGUGUGGUAUGUCUGUUGAGCUAAAAAACAGAUUUCAUGUGACGCCCCUGCAAACUGCCAUUCUAUAUCGUUCGUCAAAAGCGAUGAAGUAUUUUGGGAUUGUACCAGAGAAAAAAUGUGUUAUAUCUUAAAGAUUUUAUAACGUUUUUGCAAUAAUUUAAAACGAUGAAUGGAGAAAACUAAAACAAACUAAUGACUUGUCAUGGGUAUAAAUUUAUAGAAUAACUAGUUCAAUUUAUUGGAUCUGACAGUCGAUGAAAAGAGUGAUAUUACUUAUUUUAACGUUUUGGAUUAUUAUUGAUGGGACACGGCAAUGAAACUAGAAGAAAAUACUGAUUGGUAACAAUUUCAUAGGAUGGAGCCAAGAAGAUUUAUGUGCGAUUUUUGUCUUUUACCUAAAUAUAAUAUUUACAUUUGUUAAGGGGUUGGAGAAGUGGAA